CCAAACCACAUCCAUUCCCUCUAAAUUACCUUCCACCUCCUAUUUCCUUUCCAAACCCUUUCUUCAUCUCACUCUCUCUCUCCUCAGCUCUCUCCGGAUUUUCAGAUUACUGGGAAUUUGCCAAGAUGGCAACUUCAUCAGUGUGCAUAGCGGGAAAUGGUUUAUCGAAAGAAAUUUAUGGAAGGCACCUUUUAUUUGCUUCACGCUUGCCAUCACGUAGCAAGACAUCAAAAGUUGUCGUUGCAAAGGCGUCCCUGGACCAGAAUUCGCGUGAGGGUAGAAGAGGCUUUUUGAAAUUAUUACUCGGGAAUGCUGGUCUUGCUGUACCUGCAUUGUUAGGUAGUGGGAAAGCUUAUGCGGAGGAACAAGGGGUCUCAAACUCCAGGAUGUCUUAUUCUCGAUUUUUGGAGUACUUGGAUAAGGAUAGGGUGCAAAAGGUAGAUUUGUUCGAAAAUGGAACCAUAGCUAUUGUUGAGGCAAUAUCUCCAGAGUUGGGCAAUCGGGUUCAGAGAGUUCGGGUGCAGUUACCCGGGCUCAACCAGGAACUCCUUCAAAAGUUCAGGGAAAAGAAUAUCGAUUUCGCUGCACACAAUGCUCAAGAGGAGUCUGGCUCUCUGUUGUUUAACUUGAUUGGAAACUUGGCAUUCCCGCUUAUCUUGAUUGGGGGUUUGUUCCUAUUAUCGAGGCGGUCUUCUGGAGGAAUGGGCGGCCCUGGCGGCCCCGGUUUCCCGUUGGCCUUUGGCCAAUCAAAAGCUAAGUUCCAAAUGGAACCGAACACCGGUGUGACAUUUGAUGAUGUUGCGGGUGUGGAUGAAGCGAAGCAAGAUUUUAUGGAGGUGGUGGAGUUCUUGAAGAAGCCCGAGAGGUUUACUGCAGUUGGAGCACGCAUCCCUAAAGGAGUUCUUCUCGUCGGUCCUCCGGGUACCGGGAAGACCCUACUAGCCAAAGCCAUAGCGGGUGAAGCCGGUGUUCCUUUCUUCUCAAUUUCGGGUUCGGAGUUUGUUGAGAUGUUUGUUGGCGUUGGUGCAUCUCGUGUCCGUGACCUUUUCAAGAAAGCCAAGGAAAACGCUCCCUGCAUUGUAUUUGUCGAUGAAAUUGACGCUGUUGGGCGGCAAAGAGGAACCGGGAUUGGCGGAGGGAAUGACGAGAGAGAGCAAACUCUUAACCAACUCCUGACGGAAAUGGACGGUUUCGAAGGAAACACCGGAAUUAUAGUUAUUGCCGCCACUAAUCGUGCUGAUAUUCUCGACUCAGCCUUGUUGAGGCCUGGUCGGUUUGAUAGACAGGUGACUGUUGAUGUUCCCGAUAUUAAGGGAAGAACAGAGAUCUUAAAGGUUCACGCCAGCAAUAAGAAGUUCGAUUCUGAUGUAUCUCUUGAAGUAAUAUCAAUGCGGACACCUGGUUUCAGCGGGGCCGAUCUAGCUAACCUCUUGAACGAGGCAGCCAUACUGGCGGGUAGACGGGGUAAAACAGCUAUCUCAUCUAAAGAGAUUGAUGAUUCGAUUGAUAGGAUUGUUGCGGGAAUGGAAGGGACAACUAUGACCGACGGCAAGAGCAAAAGUCUAGUGGCAUACCAUGAAGUUGGCCACGCCAUUUGCGGUACUCUCACUCCUGGACACGAUGCUGUUCAAAAAGUCACACUAGUCCCACGUGGUCAGGCGAGGGGUCUGACCUGGUUUAUUCCAUCAGACGACCCAACCUUGAUCUCUAAACAACAGCUCUUUGCGAGAAUUGUUGGAGGGCUCGGUGGAAGGGCUGCAGAGGAAGUUAUCUUUGGAGAGCCCGAGGUGACCACUGGUGCAGCUGGUGAUUUGCAACAGAUCACCGGUAUGGCGAAACAGAUGGUUGUUACUUUUGGGAUGUCUGAGAUUGGGCCUUGGUCACUCAUGGACUCGGGGGCUCAAAGCGCGGAUGUUAUCAUGAGAAUGAUGGCCCGCAACUCCAUGUCAGAAAGGCUUGCAGAAGACAUAGACGCGGCUGUGAAGAAGAUCUCGGACAGUGCAUACGAGAUUGCAUUGACCCACAUCCGGAACAACCGGGAAGCCAUUGAUAAGAUAGUGGAAGUCCUUCUCGAGAAGGAGACAAUGAGUGGAGAUGAAUUCCGCGCAAUUCUAUCAGAGUUUGUCGAAAUCCCUGCUGAAAACCGCGUUCCUCCAGCAGUACCAGCCCCAGCAACUGUAUGAUAGCAUCAUAUGUAUACUUGGAUUUGUGAUUUCAGGUGACUUUUAUAUGUCCCUAAUCGCCCCUUUUUUUUGUAUAAAAAUCGCUACUUUUCUUGUAAUCCAUGUAACUAAGAUCAUCAAUUAGAAAUAGAAUGUAAGAAUGCCAGAAAACUAUAUACAUUUUCUUCACCCAU